AGGAUUUUCUUUAUGGUGGAAUGCACACAACCCCGGCCAAGCCCAAAUCGAUUAGGCCACCAAACACGGUCGACCCCCUAACAGCGGAUCGGUUGCCAGGAUAUUCCGCAAACUGUUUACUGACUGACUGACUAACCCAAUAUUUUUCUUACUCACCCACCAAAGCUGGGGCGAACAGGUCAACCAAGUAAUCUGUUUGUCUACCGACUGAGCAAAACGUCACAUCAUAACUCAUACGCAAAUACAACCAAUUCAUAUGAACACUAGACAACAAAUUUGACUUAAAAUGCCUCCGGUUAAGGACAAACAGUCGCGGAGCGAUCGAAUCCUUCAGUUCAUCCAGGAAAAUCGUGAGUUGAAGCCCGUUGGUUUGACUUCGCCCAGGAAGGAGGAUGAGUCCAAGCAGAAGAAACGCGUCACAUUCAUUCAGGCGAAGAAGCCGAGAUCCUCUGGCGGCCAAUCAUUGCCCAAAGUCAAAGAAAGAGAUGUGCAGAUUGGACUGGGUCUCACCUCAUGUCUCAUAACAAAGUCCUCGGAUACAAGAGUAUGCGGCGGUGAAAACAAUCCUGCCGAACGCGAUGUUGGAAAACUUCCUCGCACGGACAGCGAAUGUCGGUUCCAUUCGCCGGGGAUGCACUUUCUCAGGGAACGAAAUGAAAACUGUACUUCCCAAGUUCUCAAGUUAGUUCCUCCAAAACCGAUCCGCAAAGAGCUGAAGAACAAAUGCGACUUCUUUCCAAAGUUUUACGACAAUAGUCCUUUCAAGGAUCAGACCACACAAACGCUAUAUAGGGAGUCCUCUGCACAGACCUUGGCCUAUUUGCCGGAGAUACAAGAGGCUGAGAAGAGUCAAAAGCUUGAGCUGUUCUCUCUGUCUCAGGUGCUGCCGGGAGACAAGCCUCCAGGCCUUCAGGAGGUAGAGAUCCUGGAACGAUCCCGUCGUCGGUGGCUCUUCAGAGAUGCUCUUAAACACAACUUUCAAAGCCUAUUCAAUGAGGCCAGGGAGUUCGAGAUUAAAACCAAGUACAAGCCCAUCCUAGAGGCCUUCGAAUGGGAGCAGUGGAUCGAGCGCGAGGAGUCCAUUCAGGAGUGCCAGAUGAUGCGGCUGGAGAUCGUGAUCAAGAUGUUCAACAAGCGGGAGAAGGAAAUGCACGCCUCUUCCAAUGCCCGAAUUGAGCAGGCCUGUGAGCGGAUUGAGAAGCGCCGUCAGGCAGGGCUGCGCAAGAACGAGAUCGAGUACCAGCGUGGCAUGCGGCGCAUAACCAUGCAGCUGGCCAAGACCUCCCGGAAGUGGGAGAAGCAGGACACGCUACUCGCCUUGGGAUCGCCCUGCUCCGAGUUUUACGGACCCAUGAUACGCCAUGGGGUGGACCCGUCUCGACGCAACUUCGCUCCCACCACCGGACACAAGGCAUUCGAUAUGAGGAUCGACGAUCUGGAAAAGAAAGUCAAUAUGAAGAAUAUUCAGUGUCCAUUUAGAAAGCUUAAGGAUUGGUCGACGCCCAAGGAAUACGUCAGGGAGUAUGAGCAGAACUUCUGCAAUGACGACAACCUCCAGAAGCUUUAUGAGUCCUUGAAAACUCUGAGAACGCAACAAGACUUGGCAAGGGAAGCUCCUGAGUGCCUUAAGACGCGAAUCCAAAGAGAGGCCGCUCCAUUUGACAGUGGUGAUUCGUAUGAUAGCUUCCGUUUCACUGGGCAAUACGACAGCAGAAAGACCAGACAGACCGUGUCACCGAGACAUCAGAAAAAUAAAUCCAUGCAGGAUACGCGCCCGUUUCCCGUCACAGGAAAACUUGAGGGAAAGAGCCAGCUGGACUUUGAGGCCCUAAUCAGAACCUACGAAGGCAAUUAUAUUGGUUGGAUUAUGCAGUUUCUGGCUGACGAAAUGACACGACUCAAGGAGCAGCGUAAGCUCCACUUCUUCUCUAUCCUGGCUCAGAAGGAGCGCUGGCGCCGCGAAGCCCAGGAGGCUGGCAUCCGGCAGAAGGAGAACAACGUUCGAUUGCUAUACGAGGAGUUGUUCCAGAACUGCAACUCCCUCCACCAGGAGCUUUCCAAUGCGUACAUCGAAAGGAUUCUAUCAACAGAUGUGAAGAACAUCGUGGAAAACCUAGCUGAGCAGGAAACUACUGAAGAAGCGAUGAAAAUAGAUGAGGAUAUCGAACGGUGGCUGGAAAGCUUCAAGCUUAUCCAGAAUCCCUUGACUUUCGCCCCACUAAGACUUAUGCUUCGCGACAUGGUAUCCCCGAACAUGGAUGCUGCUCUCAUACACCACGAGAAGACUCUGAUUUCACAAUAUAUAGUGGAGGACGUGAUCUUUGACAAUGUGUGGAAGCUGCUGGAGCCCUUCGACAUAGCCACCACCUUGACAAGCGACCUUAUUGAUCGGUUGAUUGACAACGACCUCUACCUCUUUUCCUCAGACAGUGAAAGCGAAACCGGCCAACCAAAAUCAUGGGUCGAGGUCCAUGCCAUAUUGCGGAAGCUCAUACGGUAUGCGGUUCCCGGAAAGAGGUGGAAAGAAGAAGACGAGGUGGUUGUGGAAGCCACCUAUAAGGACCUAUUCGACGAAAUUUUUGACGCAAUCAUCUUCAAGGCCGAGAAUGUCCCGCCAUUGGGAUCUAGCGAACUGCUGUCAUUGUGCUCGGAGGACGAUGUCUUCCGUUUCACCGACGAAACUGCUAAAAAGUCAAAAGGUCGGAUUAUAAAUAAAGAAGUCGCUUCAGUCGAUGCAACCGACGCCAUUUGUGCGGCAGACUCGUUGGUUCUGCACGCUCAGUUGCUGAAUCUCAUAAAGAAGUACAAUCAGGAAAAAAUAACCGCGGAACUGAAAACUGACGAAAUGGAUAACGAUGGUUCAGACGAAAUCCAUGACGACAAGUUGAUCAGGGCACAAGUUCUAUCACCAAUUACACCAGAGAAGUUGUCAUCGGACUCCGACAUAUUUAGCGUAACUAGCGUCACGGAUAUUCGCGAACAGGGCGACAAUCUGACCAUGCUGCGUUCCCAUCAUUCCCGUGCAUUCUUUGGCGGACCGCCUCGUGAGAGUACCGUGACGCUUCAUUUAGAAACCCAGGAACCUGAAGCGAAUGAGGGAACAGGCGAGGGUUCCAAUAGAUCUUCCAGAAGACUUUCCAAAAGACCUUCUAGGAGAUAUUCCAGGAAAGAGUCUAUUGUGAAAGAGGAAGUUGCAUUUGGGGACGAAAUUCUAGCCUUUUCCCCCACUAUGUCCUUGGAAAAUGAAGAGGAUUCUGAAACACCUAAUUCCUACUACACCUACGGAACCAAAGACUCGCAGCUCUUCAAUUUUAGAUAACUUAGAUCAUAGCCAACAUUUAUAAUUUAAUAGGUAACGGUUAACUUCGUUACUUUCAUACGCAUCAUUUGGCACAGUUUCAAUUUUAGACACUAGUAGUAUGGCAAAUAAAGAGCUAAUGACAGGUUCCUGAAA